AUGGAGAAAGGAGGAGUCAAGACAAGGGAGCAAUAUGGGAAGUACGUGUUGUCGUUCGAUUGGAUCUUGAAGUAUCUCACUCGGAACAAGACUGUUACCAAUACUCCCGGAGCGGUGAAACGGACCUUCAUCAAGGCUUUUCCAAAGGAGAUGCGUGAGUGGGCCGAGAUCCGAAAGGCCCUUCUAAGCGGGAUGGAUAUGGUAGAGUUGAUGGAAGAAGAGGGUGGAGGAGCGGUUGGGUUGGAAUCCAUGCAGAGUGUGGAACCGGUGACGGUCAAGGAAGUCGGUGAAUUGGCGGAUAUGCUCAAGGAGCUAUGCCUGUUCAUGCAGAAGACGGUGACAACCCUGCCGUGGAAACAGCCGGGAGGAAGCUCAGGGACGGAAGCUUCCCCUGCGGGAGCAGAGUCGGCAAAGAAGGGUCCGGGAUUUGUGCCGCGAGGACCGCCCACUUGCAGUUAUUGCGGGGUGGUGGGGCAAUUUAAGGCUCCAUGUGAGGACCUCACCACGGACAUCAAGACCCUAGGUGUCCGGCCGGUGAUGAGGGACUACUACCUGUAUGGCAAAAAGAUAGAAGCAGCCAUUCCACGCCACGAAGUCCGUAGGAGGAGGAGCGCUGAGAAUCCCGUGGGUGUUAAGGGCAAGGAGGCCGAAGUGAAAUACCACAUUGGGAUAGUGGAGCGGGGAAGAGCGUGGACUCCUCCGGCGGUUGCCGCGGAAGUAAGAGCAGUGGCAGCGGAGGAACGGGUCUGUUUUGGAGAACGGUAUGACCGGAUGGAACUGGACCUGACUCCAAAAGCGGAGCCAGCGCCAAAGAAGUUGAAGGCAAAGGAGCCAGUGGCCCAGCAGUCCGCCAAAAAGAAGAGGGCAGGCGAGCUGGCCCGAAAAGCGCCAGGGAAUGAUACAGCUCUCUUCCUCACUCUCAAAGAUUUGGCAAAGAUCUCUCCGCUGAUGGCAGAGCAGCUGAUAGGGAGUAUCCGGGAAGCAGCGGGUCCCUCGUUCAAGGAAACUGCGGAGAAAGUCAGUGCGCCUGUCGAGGGGGUGCUAGCCGAGGUGCGGAGCGCAGAGUUCAGUGAGAACAAGAAGCCGGUACAUUGGGCGCUGGUGUCCUGUCCCUUGGGAUACGUCGAGAUGGACAUCAGAGGCCAGAAGGUUUGGGCGAUGAUCGACAGCGGCUCCAUGAUUAAUAUCAUGCCCGUGGAAUUGGCCAGAGCGGCCAAACUUUCAUGA